ACUCGGUUGGGAUUUCACACUGAAAAUGAGCAACUCUGAGGACCCCAGAGUAACCACAACACCACACAUAGAGAAAGAAGAGCUCGUAGCAGAAGGGAAAUGGGUGCAACUGGAGAAGACCACAUAUGUUGAUCCUGCUGGAAACACCAGGAUAUGGGAGACUGUGAAGCGAACAACUAGAAGGAGCAACACAGACACAGACGGUGUGGGGAUCAUCGCUCUGCUGAAACGGACGCUCCAUAAAGACUGUGUAGUGAUGGUGAAGCAGUUCCGUCCUCCUUUAGGACGCUUCACUCUGGAGUUUCCUGCUGGUCUGAUUGAUGAAGGGGAGACAGCGGAGGCCGCUGCAGUGAGGGAGCUGAAGGAAGAAACUGGCUAUAAGGGGGAAGUAGUCGGCGUCACUCCAGUGACCUGCCUGGACCCCGGCUUGUCGAACUGCACCACCCAGAUCGUUCUGGUCAACAUCAACGGAGACGACAUGGAGAAUAUUCACCCGGUGCAGCAGCUGGGUGAUGGAGAGUUUGUCGAAGUUAUUCUUUUGCCGCUCGAUGAGUUCCAGACAAAAAUUGAUGAUCUGCUGCAGAGAGAAAAGAUCGUGGUGGACUCCAAAGUUUACAUCUUCGCCAUGGGGAUGGCUCAGGCCUUCUUUAAGCCGAGGGAGCUGCCGGUUCUAAAGCAGUGAUGCAACGAGGAAGAUUUAGUCUGCGGGGCUGGAAAACUGAAGAGUUUCACAUUUUAAAUUGGAGUUAUUUAAACAAAAACGCUAGUUUUUAAACCGAACGUAAUCUUGUGUUUAAGCAUGCGCUGUCUGUUUCUAAAGUUUUCUCGACUAAUAACGGCACCGCGGGGUUAAAAACCCAAUUUAUUCAUGAAUACAAGCAGACCUCAAACCUGAAACAUCCAAAUGUUUGAACUCUGUCACCAACUAGCAUUCCUGUCAUGACAAGUAUUACUUUUCAGGCCUUUAGGAGACUCAGACUUUAGUUGUUUUUUUUUGUAGCCAUCAGAAAACAUUCCUUUAGAAGUGUGCUUUAACUUUUUGUAUUAGUUGUGAUGACUGUAACGUACCUGAUGGGUUGUUUCUGCACUCUGUAGUCUGUACUCGUGAUUCCAGCAUGAUGAAGUGAACUUCAAAUUAAUUGUGUAUUUGCUUGAGCAACUAGAAUUUACUGACCAAUGAAUAAACGAUACU